UCCACCUGGGCUGGACUCGUGGCCCUUGGGGACAAGGUCGCGAGCGCGCGGCGGCGGAGCGUGGACAUGGCCUGGUGGGCUCGGCCUGCGCUUUCCGCCUUCAGAGCCUGGGGCCCGGCAGGGUGGAGGAGUUUCUCUACUGAAGUCAGAGACGUCCUGGGGGAGGGUCAUCAAGGGCCUUCUCCUGGAAGAACGGACAUGGUGGCCACCAGUCUCUGGGGUGUGAGAAUGGUGCCCGGCGCAGUGGGGCUGGCGGUCCUGAACCCUGGCAUUGCAGGUGGAAGAAGACCCAUAUCUUUUUCUGCUGGUGCCUCGAGCGUGUUUGGAAGAGGAGGCAGCAGGAGGAAGGAGAAGCUUUUUCUGCAGGACAUAGCGGAGCUGAUCCAAGCCAGAGCCUGCCGGAGGGUGGUGGUCAUGGUGGGCGCCGGCAUCAGUACGCCCAGCGGCAUUCCGGACUUCAGGUCUCCCGGGAGUGGCCUCUACAGUAACCUGCAGCAGUACGACCUCCCGUACCCCGAGGCCGUUUUCGAGCUCGCUUUCUUCUCUCACAACCCCAAGCCCUUUUUCACUUUGGCCAAGGAGCUGUACCUCAGGAACUACAGGCCCAACAUCAUACACUACUUCCUCCGACUGCUGCACGACAAGGGCCUUCUUCUGCGGCUCUACACGCAGAACAUCGAUGGGCUGGAGAGAGUGUCUGGCAUCCCUGCCUCGAAGCUGGUUGAAGCUCAUGGAUCCUUUGCCUCUGCCACGUGCACCGUCUGCCGAAGGCCCUCUCCGGGGAAGGACAUUUGGGCUGACGUGUCCGUGGACAGGAUUCCCCGCUGCCCGGUCUGCACUGGCGUCGUGAAACCCGACAUUGUGUUCUUUGGGGAGGCACUUCCCCAGAGGUUCCUGCUGCAUGUGGUUGAUUUCCCUAUGGCGGAUCUGCUGCUCAUCCUUGGGACCUCCUUGGAGGUAGAGCCUUUUGCCAGCUUGUCUGAGGCCGUGCGGAGCUCGGUGCCCCGGCUGCUCAUCAACCGGGACUUGGUGGGGCCCUUCGCCUGGCGUCCUCGCGGCACGGAUGUGGUGCAGCUGGGGGAUGUGGUUCAAGGCGUGGAAAGGCUGGUGGAGCUUCUGGGCUGGACGGAAGAGUUGCAGGAGCUUGUCCAGCAGGAGACAGACAAGCUCCAUGGACAGGACAGAUAGAGUGAGGGCGGGUCCCCCCUCCCCUUCUGGGACCGGAAGUGGUUCCAAGGAGUCCCUGCCCACCUCUGAGCAAAGAGUCUUGGCUGAACCAGAACCUGCUGCCUAAGGAAGAGGGUGAGGCCGACCGGGUCCUGAGCUCCGUGCCAGUGGGUCAUGUCGUGCUCGGGCUGUGGGCCACCCCAGUUGCGGGCGCAAGCUGUCCAGCGCUUUCCUGUGGUUUGACUCUUCAGUCUGCUGAAGCUCUUGAUGCUGAAAAAAAGCUUUCUCCUGACAGUGACCCUCUGGAACCCCAGUGGACCAACAGGACGCCCAGACCGGACCUGCUGUGUGUCUGGGUCUCCGUCUGAAGGGCAGGCUCAGCAUCUCUGCCCCUUAGACUGUCUGGGGCGGAGGGGCCACAGCCAUUCCUAAGGCGUGGUCCUGGGUCCCACGUAAUAGAAUCGAGUCCUUUAGCACGCUGGCCUCCUUAGUAGGGUUCUUGUUAGUUGGAGAAACUUUGUGCAUUUCUGGCAUGAAAUAAACUCUUUGGUCUCCUCAAAGGAA